AUGUCUGAUAUAGAGGAAACAAUAAAUAGAAUCAAAACCCAUAAAUCAGUUUAAGGGAUAGUUAUUUGUAACAAUGACGGCCAAAUCAUACGCAGCACCUAUGGAACAGAGAGCAAAGAAGGCGAAAAUAUCGCCAGGACAAUCCCAACUCUGGCAGCCAAAGCCAAAUCCACUGUCAGAGACCUAGAUCCCAUGAAUGAAUUGACCUUUCUACGCAUAAAGUCCAAAAAUAACGAGAUUAUGGUGGCUCCAGAUAAGGAAUUCUUGCUGAUUGUUGUUUAAGGACCAAAAGAAGAAAAAAAAGAAGAAGAAUGA